UCUUCCUAACAAUUCCCAAACAAUAUAUAUGUGCUUGUGAUUACCAAACUUCGUUGAUAACAUUCGUCUUAUCUAAAUUUAUACUAUUUGCUUCUCCAAACUUCCACAUAUCUGGCAAAUAGGAUCCACAUCCGUGACCCAUCAUAUGCACAAACAAAAUUUGCCACGUCAUUAAAGAAAAUAAAUCAUCACCAAUCAGAGACCGUUGGAAAAAUAUACUUAAUCCAAAUCCAAUGAACCUGCACAAGAUGUUAAAAUAUAGUAAACCAUAUAAACCAGCAAACACCAACAGCCUCAAAAUUCCAAAUCCUUGGAGGACAAGUAAUACUUAAAAAAUUCAACACCAUUAUUAAUGUUCAAAAGAUGAUUAAUUUAUUUUCUCCACUUAUUAUAUAUUCAGAGAGAAUCCUCCGAAGUCCAAACCAAGCCAACACACCCAAAAAAAUGCCACCCCCAAACCCAGAGUACCUACAGCAAGAAGAAUCACUAACCCCAGAAUCAAGAGAGUUAAUCACCACCCUCCCCCGCCAAAACGGGUGGUUCGAUUCAACCCACUUAUACCUCUACCAAGGCUUCUGGUUCCAACCCGACCACCUCCAAGCCGUGAUCUCCUGCCAGAGCCACUUCCAACCUCUCCACUCCGACGUCUUCCUCGCCACAUAUCCCAAAUGCGGCACCACUUGGCUGAAAGCAAUCAUCUUCACCAUCCUCAACCGCAAACACUUCCCUCCCUCCUCCCCAAACCACCCCCUCCUCACUGCCAACCCCCACCAGCUCGUCCUCAGCCUCGAGAUCGACCUCUACGCCCACAACCGCCUCCCAACCGCCUCCACAACCUCCUCCCCUUCUCGAAGAUUCUUCUCCACACACAUGCCCCACGCCUCCCUCCCGCAGCCCCUAUCCCAACGCAAUAAGGUCGUGUACGCGUGCAGGAGCCCGAAGGACACCUUCGUCUCCCUGUGGCACUUCAUGAACAAGCUGAGGCCUCAGGGAGCGCCGGAGAGGGAUAUGGAAACGGCGUUCCGGAUGUUCUGCGACGGAGCGGUCGGGUAUGGGCCGUUUUGGGAUCAUGUUCUGGGGUACUGGAGGCGGAGCUUGGAGGAGCCCGAGAGGGUGCUGUUUGUGAGGUAUGAGGAUGUGAAGGAGGAGGGGGCGGUGCAGGUGCGGCGGAUGGCGGAGUUUCUGGAGUGCGGUUUCUCGGCGGAGGAGGAGGAGGAAGGGGUGGUUGAUCGGAUUUUGGAGUUGAGUAGCUUUGAGAGUAUGAGGGGGAGUGAGGUGAAUAGGGUUGGGAGAUUGGGGAAUGGGAUUGAGAAUAAGCAUUUCUUUAGGGAAGGGGUGGUUGGUGACUGGAAGAAUUGUUUGUCUGCUCAGAUGGCUCAGGAACUUGAUGGCAUUGUGGAAGAAAAGUUUGGUGGAGCAGGGUUAGUCAUCUAGAGCCCAAACAGAGGAUCUGUUCUGUAUUCUAAAACUUUCAAAUUUUGUUUCCAUUUUCAAAUAAGAAAUUACAUUUAUUUCUAUUCAAA